GGGAUUAGAGCACUAUAUAAGCAUCGUGGGAGGAGAUGAAGUCUAAGGCGGGGAGCGGCGGCGGCGAAGAGACCAGAGGAAGGAUACAGGAUUUCUCUGCUGCUCUGUCAAGAUGGGUAUCUCACGAGACUCCAUGCACAAGAGGCGGGCUACCGGAGGUAAGAAGAAAGCCUGGAGGAAGAAGAGAAAGUAUGAGUUGGGAAGACAACCUGCAAACACAAAGCUUUCAAGCAACAAGACUGUGAGAAGGAUAAGAGUUCGAGGAGGCAAUGUAAAAUGGAGAGCUCUCAGGUUGGAUACUGGGAAUUAUUCAUGGGGAAGUGAGGCCGUGACACGCAAGACUCGUAUACUUGAUGUGGUCUAUAAUGCUUCAAACAACGAGCUUGUGAGGACACAAACCCUUGUUAAGAGUGCAAUCGUCCAGGUGGAUGCAGCCCCGUUCAAGGCGUGGUAUCUCCAGCAUUAUGGUGUUGAGCUUGGGAAGAAGAAGAAGACUGCCGCCGCUGCCAAAAAAGAAACAACUGAGGGGCAAGAGGCUGAAGCUGCUACUACAGAGGUAAAGAAGAGCAGCAGUGUACUGAGGAAGCUGGAAAAGAGGCAGCAAGAUCGGAAACUUGAUUCCCACGUUGAGGAUCAAUUCAGUACUGGAAGGCUGUUAGCCGCAAUCUCCUCUCGCCCGGGCCAGUGUGGUAGAGCUGAUGGUUACAUAUUAGAAGGAAAGGAGCUCGAGUUCUACAUGAAGAAGAUCCAAAAGAAGAAGGGCAAGGGAGCAACAUAAGUAUAGUCAUGAAUUUCUUGUUUUCUUCCAGUUGGCUUCAUAAUACUUAAGUUUCUCCUCUUAGUUCUUGAUAUUCUGAACUUAAGAUAUAUUUGCUUGUGAAAAUUUUGGCACCGGGCUAUGUUGGUGGCUUUGAUCCAGUAACUCAAGACCUUUUUAAAUCAGUGCCCUAUGCUAUUCAAAUA